AUGAAGGUGGCGGUGGAGAUAUUGACAGGAAGCCUCUUUUACGUUCAACUGGGCAAUGAUGCUACGGUUGCCGAUCUUAAGCGAGAGAUCGGUGCACAACAAAAGUUACCUCAUGAUCGUCUGAUUCUAUUUCUCGAUAACAAUCAAAGUCGUUUUAUAAAUAAUGAAGACGGGGAUGGUGCAUCUCUAGUUGAUUGCGGAGUUCUUGAUGGAUCUCAUAUAUACCUCUUCUUUAAUCCUCCUGAGGAUGGAUCUACUCAUCAUUUUGUGUUUACUUGUCCAGAUAAUCAGUUAAUAGACCUAACUAAUUCCAAAGGAUUACAACUAGGGUUCUAUAAGCAGACAUGUCCUAAUGCAGAGCUUAUUUUCCACAAUGUCGUUCAAAAGUUUAUUUCCAGUGAUCCAACUCUUGCUGCUCCUUUACUAAGGAUGCAUUUUCAUGAUUGUUUCGUUAGGGGAUGUGAUGGCCUAGUGCUAUUAAAUCUCAUACCCGAGAUAACAAACCAAGGCUUGAGAAAGAUGCGAUCCCAAAACCAAACUUUAAGAGGUUUUGGCUUUGGCAGCAAAUCUGAAAUAGAAAACAACUGUACUGGUGUUGUUUCUUGUGCUGAUAUUUUGGCUUUGGCAGCUCGAGAUUCUGUUCAAAUGAUUGGAGGACCAUCUUGGGAUGUUCCUACCGGACGUAGAGAUGGAAGUGUGUCUAAUGCUUCGGAGGCUUCAGCACAGUUACCAUCUCCUUUUGCCAAUAUAACUCAACUGAAGAAAAAUUUUGCUGCAAAAGGGCUAAGUGUAGAGGACCUAGUGGUUUUAUCAGGAGCGCACACUAUUGGAAUUGGACAAUGCUUUGUAAUCUCAGAUCGAUUGUACAAUUUUAGUGGUAGAGGCGACACUGACCCUUCGUUGAACGCAACAUAUGCAGCUGAGUUAAAGACGAAAUGUAAGCCUGGAGACAGCACCACAGUUGUUGAAAUGGAUCCUGGAAGCUCCAGAACAUUCGACAGUGAUUAUUACAACGUAGUAAAUACAAGAAGAGGGAUCUUCCAAUCUGAUGCGGCUCUUCUGAAUGAUAUUCAAACGAGAACUUAUGUUUUGCGUCAAUCUUCCCCAUAA